AUGUCUUCUCCCGGUGGCCUGUCCGUCCAAUCAGCAGCACGAGGUACCGCCGUCGAUCCCAGCAGCAGUAAGAAGAAAAGCAACAAGAAGAAAAAGGCCAACAGCACCAGCAAGACAAGCAACGGCAACGCAGGCGCUGACACAAACGCCGACGCCGACAAGUCGCGGACGCCAGCGCUCAUCAAAGACGGAGCAGACACCGGGAAGCAUGGCGCUGGGAGCGCCGCGGUCGAGGAAGUGUCUGGCGAGCUUGAAACUCUAGACCUGAGUUCUGUACCACGUCCGCAACCACAUCAGGAUCCCACAAGUGAGCACUUGCCACCGGACGGGCCAGGGUCAGAAGCGGAAACGGAAGGAGAUCGGACAGCAGCUGUUGGAGCGGCCGAGAACGAAGAGGACCAAAUCUCUGCCGCGAACGGCCAUGCCGGCGCAAACGGACACUCACCAAUUGACACGGUAUCAGGGGCCACGAACGCCAAGCUAGAAGCCAUGUCACAGGACCGCGAGGCCCUGCGGAUUGAGGUGGAGCGGCUGCGGAAGCAGCUUGAGAGCAUACAAGAGGCCCACGCCAACGAGAUUUCGCAGCUGCGUGCCGACCUGGACGAGAGCGAGGCGGCCAAGGAGCACGCCGAGACCCAAUAUCAGACGCUGCUGGGCCGCGUUGAAAAGAUCAAGGAGACACUGGGCGACCGCCUGAAGCGGGACAAGGCCGAGCUGGAAGAGGCCAAGGACCGCGUGGAAGAACUCGAGACCCAAAAUGAGGAGCUACAGCGGGCCGUACAAGCGCGUGAGGAGGAAACCGGCCGCUUGAGAGAGGAGGUACAGGAGCAGGCACGCGAGCUUGCGAGCUUGCGGAGUAGAACAAACCUAUCGCAGCAGAAUUGGCUGAAGGAGAAGGAGGACAUGGCCAGGCAGGUGCAGCACCUUAGGAGCGAGCUCGAGUCGACCACCGCCGCCAUGGGCGAGUGGGAGGUUAUUGCAAUGGAGGAACGUUCCCUGCGCGAGAGUCUAACCGACAAGGCGUCCGACCUCGAGGAGCAGCUCGUUAGCGCGCGGGAGGCGUACGAAAGGGUCGCGUCAGAGCGGGAUACCCAGUCCCAGGCCAUCGAUGGCCUGCAACGGGCUCUCCAGGAGAUCCAGGAGGCCCGGAAGAGGGAGCUGCGCGAGAUGGUUGAGUCGACGGAGGAACAGGUGCAAGCCCUUAAGCGACAAGCUCAGGAGGCCGACGCUAGAGCGGCCGAGGCCGAAGCAGCCAAGGCAGCGCUAUCAAAGGAGCUUGAGCGGACAGCUCCAUUUGAAAAGGAGGUUAAGGAAAAGAACUUGCUCGUUGGCAAGCUACGACACGAGGCUAUCGUACUAAACGACCACCUCACCAAGGCCUUGAAAUACAUCAAGAAGACCAAGCCAGAAGAGACGAUUGACAAGCAACUUAUCUCCAAUCACUUCCUCCAAUUCCUCUCUCUUGACCGGUCCGAUCCCAAAAAGUUCCAGAUCCUCCAGGUCAUAGCCGGCCUACUCAGCUGGACCGAUGAGCAGCGCGAGAAGGCUGGCCUGGCGCGGCCCGGUACGGCGGGCAGCCUCCGUCUACCGACCUCGCCCUUUCACCGGACCCCGAGCUCGCCGGCGCUCAACAGCGACUUCUUCUCCGAGCCGACGCCCAUGUCAGGCAAGGAAUCCCUCGCCGACCUUUGGGCGAGCUUUCUUGAACACAGCGUUGACGAAGCAGGGGCUGCUGGGGCCGGGCCGUCGAGGAAAGACAGCGCCUCGAGCGUGGCUACGUCGGCGACGAGACCGGACACUAAGGGGCAUAAUUAGCAGGCGGGUGCCCCUCAGUUAUCCACCCAUUUACCAAUGUAUAUACGUCCGCAGUAAAAACAUAUCACGGCGUGUGUGUAGCGCGCGCCACCGAGGGAUGCAGGUCUAGAUAAACAAUGCUGUCGGGAGUCACUGGCGACCGCUUCGCCA